GUCCGGAGGGGAGGCGUGGGCAGUGGUUACCCGCCCCCCAUCUUUGGGACUUGGGAUGCAGGCACUGCCCGCUUGGGGUACCCCAGGGGAGCAGCCUGGGUUGUUCUCGUCUCCUUAUCAACUUAAUUUCCUCUUUGCCCGAGGAAGGGGAUGUUAGAAAUAAUCGUGGUUAAAAAUGGCAACUGUAGCUCAACGCUUCGGGGCAUCCUUCUAGGGAGCCCGGAGACGGGUUUGUGCAAACCCCAACUUGGUGUCCAGGGUGGUCAGUGCACCUGGGCGGGAGCUGUCGGGUUGACAGUGGGCGAGUGGGUUCUGCCGGGGUUGGGGCUCCCCAGAUUCUGAUCCUAGGCCUGCUCGUGCCAAGUGGCUUUCUGCCAUGUCGCCGCUUGAAGCUGAGUCAGGUUUCUGCAACUUGGUGCUCAGUGUGAGGAAGUUUGACGUGGCAAACUGGGUUGUUUGAGGAAGCAGAUUCCUCCCAGGACCAACGAAGAGGACCCGACUGCUUCCUGCUCUGUGGUGUGAACAUCCCUGCCUUUCCUUUCUGUCACUCAGCAACAGGCUGCUACGUAGGGUUCUUUUGUGGCUCUAUCCCUUGGAAUGAUAUUUUCAAAAUGAGUCAACAAGGUUAUGUGGCUACACCCCCUUAUUCUCAGUCCCAGCCUGGAAUAGGCCUUGCUCCUCCACAUUAUGGGCACUAUGGGGACCCAGCCCAUGCAGCCUCUCCACCAGGUAUGAUGAAGACAGCAGGGCCUGUGGGGCCUGCUGCCCCAGGGGGCAUGUUGCCUCCGGGCCCUCCACCUCCUGGGCCUCAUCAGUUUGGCCAGAAUGGAGCUCAUGCCUCAGGUCAUCCUCCCCAAAGAUUUCCAGGCCCUCCACCUGUCAACAGCGCGGCCCCAUCCUAUGCACCCUACCCACCCUCUACCCAGUCAUCUUAUCCGAGUCCUGCGUCUACUUCAUCCGUCAGUCAGCUGGGCAGUCAGCUCAAUGCUAUGCAGAUCAACAGCUACGGUUCAGGCAUGGCCCCAUCCACCCAGGGUCCCCCUGGCCCUCUGCCAGGGGCAUCAUUCCAGGGUCCCCCACGACCUCCACAGCCUUCCAUUUUGCAGCCCGGAUCUCAGGUUCUCCCACCACCGCCCACUGCACUAAAUGGCUCUGGAGCCCCACCCUUGCCUCCAUCAGCGCUCCCUGGGCCUCCACCUCCCAAUGCUCAGUACCAGCCUCCACCUCUUCCAGGACAGACCGUGGGCUCUGGAUAUCCUCCACCUCCGCAGCAAGGAGGCACCUUCGGCCCCCAGAUGGCUGGUGCACAGCUCUCCUACCCAGGAGGCUUCCCCGGAGGGCCUGCACAGAUGGCUGGCCCACCACAGCCCCCAAAGAAGCUGGACCCUGACUCCAUCCCCAGCCCGAUCCAGGUGAUCGAGAGUGACAGAGCUGCCAGAGGAGGGCAAGUUUAUGCCACCAACAUCAGAGGCCAGGUCCCGCCCCUGGUCACCACAGACUGUGUGAUACAAGACCAAGGCAAUGCCAGCCCCCGGUACAUCCGCUGCACGACCUACUGCUUCCCAUGCACAUCGGACAUGGCCAAGCAGGCUCAGCUCCCACUAGCUGCUGUCAUCAAACCCUUUGCCUCAAUUCCAUCAAAUGAGACUCCCCUUUACUUGGUAAAUCAUGGAGAGACUGGACCCGUCAGAUGCAACAGGUGCAAAGCCUACAUGUGCCCAUUUAUGCAAUUUAUUGAAGGAGGAAGGAGGUAUCAGUGUGGAUUUUGCAACUGUGUGAAUGACGUACCACCAUUCUAUUUCCAACAUCUGGACCACAUGGGAAGAAGACUGGACCACUAUGAGAAACCAGAGCUAUCACUGGGUUCUUAUGAAUUUGUUGCUACUUUGGAUUACUGCAGGAAGAAUAAGCCUCCCAACCCACCAGCCUUUAUCUUCAUGAUUGAUGUUUCAUAUAGUAACAUAAAGAAUGGACUUGUGAAGCUCAUCUGUGAAGAACUGAAGACCGUGCUGGAAAGACUUCCAAAGGAAGAGCAAGAAGAGACUUCUGCAAUUCGAGUUGGCUUUAUCACAUACAACAAAGUUCUUCAUUUCUUUAAUGUGAAGAGUAAUUUGGCCCAGCCACAGAUGAUGGUGGUGACUGAUGUUGGAGAGGUCUUUGUUCCUUUGUUAGAUGGUUUCCUUGUCAACUAUCAAGAAUCUCAAGCUGUGAUUCACAACUUACUGGACCAAAUUCCAGAGAUGUUUGCAGACUCUAAUGAAAACGAGACUGUCUUUGCUCCUGUCAUCCAGGCUGGCAUGGAAGCACUAAAGGCAGCAGACUGUCCUGGGAAGCUGUUCAUCUUCCAUUCCUCCCUGCCCACUGCAGAAGCACCAGGGAAACUCAAAAACAGAGAUGACAAAAAGCUCAUUAAUACAGACAAAGAGAAGACACUUUUCCAGCCCCAGACUACGGGGUAUGACUCACUGGCCAAGGAUUGUGUGGCUCACGGCUGCUGUGUGACGCUGUUCCUCUUCCCCAACCAGUACGUGGAUGUGGCCUCUCUGGGCCUUGUACCUCAACUCACAGGAGGAACCCUGUACAAAUAUAAUAACUUCCAGAUUCACUUGGAUAGCCAGCAAUUUCUGAAUGACCUCAGAAGUGAUAUAGAAAAGAAUAUAGGAUUUGAUGCUAUUAUGAGAGUUCGUACUAGCACAGGUUUCAGAGCCACAGACUUCUUUGGGGGAAUUUUUAUGAACAACACCACCGACGUGGAAAUGGCAGCCAUAGAUUGUGACAAAGCAGUGACUGUGGAAUUCAAGCAUGACGACAAACUCGGUGAAGACAGCGGAGCCUUAAUCCAGUGUGCUGUGCUCUACACAACUGUCAGUGGCCAGAGAAGACUUCGAAUUCACAACCUAGGCUUGAACUGCAGCUCCCAGUUGGCUGACGUCUACAAGAGCUGUGAGACAGAUGCCCUUAUCAAUUUCUUUGCCAAGUCAGCUUUUAAAGCCGUUCUACACCAGCCCUUGAAAGUCAUCCGAGAAAUUCUCGUUCAUCAAACUGCCCAUAUGCUGGCCUGUUACCGGAAAAACUGUGCGAGCCCAUCUGCAACUUCCCAGCUUAUUUUACCGGAUUCCAUGAAAGUAUUGCCAGUGUACAUGAAUAGUUUAUUAAAAAACUGUGUGCUGCUUGGCAGACCAGAGAUCUCAACAGAUGAGCGGGCAUACCAGAGGCAGCUGGUCAUGACCAUGGGUGUGGCCGACUCCCAGCUCUUCUUCUACCCACAGUUUCUGCCCAUACACACGUUAGAUGUCAAGAGCACAGCAUUACCUGCUGCUAUUCGUUGCUCUGAGUCCCGUCUUUCAGAAGAAGGAAUAUUCCUGUUGGCAAAUGGUCUAAACAUGUUUUUGUGGUUGGGAGUAAGCUGUCCGCCAGAACUAAUCCAAGGAAUAUUUAAUGUGCCAUCUUUUGCACAUGUUAACACACAUAUGACAUUACUGCCUGAGGUGGGAAACCCACAUUCUCAAACACUCAGAAUUAUAAUGAGCAUUAUCCAACAAAAGAGGCCAUAUUCAAUGAAGCUCACGAUAGUGAAGCAGCGAGAACAGCCAGAAAUGGUUUUCCGACAGUUCCUGGUAGAAGACAAAGGACUUUAUGGCGGAUCCUCUUAUGUAGAUUUCCUCUGUUGUGUCCACAAGGAGAUCUGUCAGCUGCUGAAUUAAUUGAACCUUCUUUGUUGUCGAUGUUGCAUUUCUGAGGAGAUCAUCUCCUUCUUGGUGCCUAAUUCUCUAGAUGCUAACAGGCUAGUUUUGAUUUCUUGCUCAUUUUCAGAAUAGCUUUCCAAUAUGGCAUUCAGCACUUCAGCUGUGGUGCUCAGGUAUAAAGCCAGUGAAGGCACAGUUGUACCUUAAAGGGAACAGUCUUAUUUCUGAUCGCACAAUUUUUAACUGUUGAACAGAUGCAGUUUGCAGUUCAUGAAAGGCAUAGUUUACAGAACUGUAAACAUUCUCAAUUUUCUUUAUUUGUGCUAAACAUAUAAAUUAUUUUUCCAAAUGUAUAGAUUUGGGGUAAAAAGUUGUCUUGCAGUGAGGGGAAAAAUUAAUUUUUACAUUAUACCUAAUUUUUUUAAACCAUGUGACCCCAUUAAACACAUUUUGCAACUGAAGGUUUGCAUAGCAGACUUUUAAUAACCUUGGAAUCUAUUUGGUAGGACAAUUUCUGUUCUACUCGUUUUUUUCAUAAUUAUAUGUUGUGUAUGUUAAAACUAUUUUCCAUUUGUUUUGUCUAUAAAACUGUCUUUAUCAAUAUUCUUAAUGGUUCUCUGUACAAUUUUGAAGGUUUCUACCUGUAUAUAAUGGAUCUUAACCAGUAUCAAUAAAUCACUUCAUAUGCUCUUA